AAAGACCUCGAACCGAAGAAGCGACCACCGGUCAACAUUGGCAGUCCGGGUGUCCAGGUCAUCACACCGUUCAGGCUUCAUCCAUCAGGGAUGAUUAUUCUGGUUAAUCGUGGUUGGGUUCCUCCGCAAAAAAUCAGGCCCGCAAGUCGAAAGGAAGGACAAGUGGAAGGUCAGGUCACUUUCGAUGCAGUCGUUCGGCACACUGAGAAGCUCGUAAAUCCACUGAUCAUUCCAGAUUCAACCAUUCGCGGUGGUCCAAUUGGAGGGCAGACGCGCGUGACCUACAGGAAUGAUCAUAUGUUAUAUGCCUGCUUUUGGUUUUGCAUUGGUGCGGCGACACUGUAUGGCUGGUUCCUUUGA